AUGGUAACGGGGCCAGACCCAGAGGAGGCGGCGGCCGCCGAGAAGCCGGUCCGGGGUCGGGUCCGAGAGCCGGGGACGUGCGCGCAGCGGCCGGGGGCGGUCGCGGUCGCGGUCGCGGCGGUGCGGAACGGGGCGGUCGGCUGGGCCGGGGGCGAGCCCCGCGGGCGGCCCGCAUGUGAGGGCCCGGGGCCGGGCGGCGCCGCCAUGAGCUGCCCGGGGCCCGGCCCGCAGGCCCCGGCCGCCUCGGCCUCGGGCCCCAGCCGGCAGCCGCGGCCGCCGAGCCCCGCGCCGGCCCUGGGGCUGCUGGGCAUCGGCCCCGCGCCCGUGCUGACGGCGCCGCCCGCGGCCCCGGCCGGGGCGCCCGAGCUGCAGAAGCGCGUGGUGGACCUGGAGAAGAGCCUGCAGUUCGUGCAGCAGCAGCACGCCGACACCCUGCUGAGCCUGCACGCCGAGGUGGAGCGGCUGCGCCGGGACAACCGCGAUCUUCACUAUAAACUCAUAAUGAAUCAGAAGUUGCCGCGGAAAGGUAUGGCUUCUUCCAGUUCUCAUUUUCUCAAGUCCAACUCAGUCGUGGUGCCGUCAGGUUGCUCAGCGUCCAAAACCAAACACUCACUUUCCUGCCCAAGGAGACAAGAAGUGGGGGAAUCCGGAGAAGAGGAGCAAAGCCCCAGUGACAAGAUGGAGAAAGGCCCAGCCGGUCAGGCUCGAGAUGGGAGAAAUCGGAGAAGUCUGCAAAGGGGAAGGGCUCGCAGCGACACAUCUAGCAAAGCCUCCGAGGCCCCCGGUCGCCUGUCUGAGAGAACUGGAAACACGCCCCUUGUUGGUUGUCCUUGUUCUAGAGCAGAAGAAAUGGAAGCCCCGAGCUCCACGCUGAUCCCCAUGGUGUCCUGCCAGCCCCAGCUCAAACACAUCCUGGGGAUCACGUCCUCUCUGAAGCUCCCCCCUCACAUGCGCAAGCUGUCCACUCUUCAGCAGUGUGAGCUGGUCAUCAGGCAGCUGUGGAAUGCCAACCACCUGCAGGCUCAAGAGCUGCAACACCUGAAAUCUGUCCUGGAAGACGGUUCCCGACAGGCAGCCGACAGCCUUCCAGUCAACCAUUCCAAGAGGGCAUUGGGAGAAAAAAAUAAAACAAUGCCCGUCAGUGUGUGUUCUCUGCAGGGUCCUGUGCCAGGGCAAACAUUUUCUCCACUCAGGCAUCAGGAAGGUAUGCAGUUCCCCAAAGUUGCUGAUAAGAACGCCUCCAAAAAAUGUUUGAUCCUUGCGCCCAUACCUGGGGCAGAGAGAGCAGUCUUGCCAGCCCUGAAGCAAACCUUGAGAAAUAGCUUUGCUGAGAGACAGAAGAAAAUGCAGGCCAUUCAGAGCCGUCGCCUCCACCGCACAGUCCUGUAGCUGGCACCGGACUGGCUCAGACGGGGGGACAGAGCAGCGGGGGCAGACGCCUUCCAAGGCCAGGUCACGCUGCCAGGGCGGGGGACGAAGCCAACCAGAGAUCUCGCCUUGACCUCUGACCCUCUAGUUCCUCGUCAGGGAGAUGCUCCUGAGACUCCAGAUGUGGCCGUCAACACUUUCUUCUUGGCACAAGUCUGACUGCGGUUAUUCUCCUCCAAACAUACAUUAACACAAAAAUGAAUUACGAAAUCACUAUUUCCCUACCAGCUAGAGAUUGUUGAAUUAAAUCUCAUUUAUCUACA